AUGUCUAAAGUAGUAGACGAGCUCAAAUUGUUCUUAACUAAUUUAUCAAGAGGAUCAGAUACAGUAGACACGGAUGAUUUGUUAAAUUCAGGAAUUGCUGAUAAAUCAGUAAUUCUGAAUAUAAAAGCAAAACUAGGUGAAAGCCCGUGGAAUAUACAAAAUUUAAUAGACUUAGGUAUAGAUAUAAUUCAAAAGGAUAACGAAAAUGAACUUGAACUAAAGCAUGAUAGCAGCGAUAAUAUAAUAUCUGAAAUUGAAAAUGAAAGUGAAAGUGAUAUUGAAAGUGAUGAUGAUUUUUAUAUUAAAAAUAUAAAGUUCGAAACAUGUGAAAAUAUUGAAGAAACAUUAAAAGUUAUGAUUCAAGAAAAUGCUAUUAAUUUACACCCAAUUAUAAAAGAGUUUAUUUUAUUAUUAGUUUUUUUAUUUAGUUGUAUAAGAAAAAGCAAUAAAAAUAAUUUAGAAAACGCAAAUAAAUUUUUUGAAAAAAUUACCAAUAAGGAAUAUAAUAAUGAUGAAAUAAUGAAUAAAAGGUCGUUUAAGAAUGAAAAUAAAACUAAAAUAAAAUAUACUAACAUAAAAUGUGAAAACAAUGAGGCAUUUUAUACAAAUAUACGUUCAAAAAAUAAUGCUUUAAAUGAUGAUAUUUCAGAUAAUAUUUUAAUUGAAUCGUUCUAUAAGAAUUCAAUAAGUAACAAAUUUUAUUGUGAUAUAAAUAAUAAAGAUAACUUUAAUUCUAAUGAAAAUUUAUACUGUAAAGAUGUUUAUUCUAUUUUCUUAAAUUUAAACGAAAAAUCUAUAUAUGAAUAUAAUAUCGAAGAUGUAAAGCAAGCGUUUAGUAUUGAAAAUUUGAAUAAAGUAUGUGAAACUUUUUAUAGGCACUUACAUAAAGUUAGAAAAAUGAAAAAUGAUCAAUUAAUAAAAAAAGGAAUAAAUAUUAUAAUGGUGCUUUUAUAUUUAACUUACGUCUAUUUUGGAAUUUUUUUUUUGAAAACAAAAAACUUAUAUGUAAAAUUAUAUUGUAUAGACAAAGAAUUCAGAGAGAAUAAAAUAAAAAAUGAAGAAAUAAAAAAUAAUCUUAAUAAGAAAGUUGAAGAACUUUUGAAUCAACUAAAAAUUAGCGAAAAGUACUUUGAAGAGUACGAAAAAUAUAAAGAGAAUUUCAAUGAAAUAAAAAAAGAAAAUGAAAAACUAAAAAAUACUAACAUUAUCAUUCAAAAAUUAAAGAAAAAAAUUAGUUUAAUGGAAACAGAAAAGUUAAUGAUUAUAAAAAAAAAAGAAGAAUUAGAAUUUAUAAUUAAACAAAAAAAUUUAUUAAUUGAAAGUAAUAAAGCAAAAAAGAAUGAAAAAGAAAUUAAAAAACCAGAAUUGAAAAGAACAAAAUUAGUAUUAAAAAAUGAUCAUAAUAAUUUUAAUAGAAUGAAAUCUAUCACUACAAAAAGUGAAAAUAAUAAUGUUAAAAGUGUAUACUUAUUAGAAGAAAAAAAUAACACAGAAAUACAACAAAAUAUAAAAAAUAAAGAAGAAGAUUAUGAGCAUAUAAUAAAAAAAAAAUCUAUAUUAACAACAGAUAAAGAUACACAAACAUUGAAUCAUAAAAAAGAAAAAAUUACAAAAGACAAGGAAACAGAAACGAUGAGUGAAAUAAAAAAAAAUAAAAUAAGUAGAGGAGUACAGACAUUAAAAUGUGAAGAUUUUAAAAAGAUAAAUAGACAUGUUUUAAAUAAUCAAUUAUCUGAAGAUAAAAAAAAAAAAAAAAUAAUAAACAAAUUAUACGAACAUAUUAAAGAAAAGGAAGAGAACGAGGAAGAAGGAGAAGAGGAAGAGGAAGAGGAAGAGGAAGAGGAAGAGGAAGAGGAAGAGGAAGAGAAAGAGAAAGAGGAAGAGGAAGAGGAAGAGGAAGAGGAAGAGGAAGAGGAAGAGGAAGAGGAAGAGGAAGAGAAAGAGAAGGAGAAAGAGAAAGAUAGAUACAAGGAACAAAAAGAAAAAGAAAAUAAUAACAACAAAAAAAGUAAAGAAUUAGAGGGAGAAAUAAGAAAGGAAGCAAAAGAUAAAAUAAAAAAUGAAGUAGAGAACAAAGAAAGAAAAAAAUCGAAAGAACAUAAAGAAACUAUAUAUAAAAAAGAAAGAGAAAUUUUAUUAUUCGAAGAAAAUAAUAAAGAGAGAAAAGUUUAUAAGAACAUUAAAAGUAAUAAUAAGUACAACGAUAUAUAUGCAUUGAAAGAUAUUAACGAACCCUUUAAGCAAUCAAGCUGUUUAUUAAAUAUCAAAGUAAAAGAAAAAACAGAAAACAAAAGUAUAUUAAAUUAUGUUAAUCACUUUUUUAUUUUAUCAGAUAUAAUUAAUAUAAAAAGAAAAAAAGAGAAAUUAAUUAAAAAUAGCUAUAAAAAAUAUUACCUUUAUUUAAAUACAAAUGGUUUCAAAACGAAUGAUUAUAUCAUUCAAAAUAUAGUCAAUAUGAAUAGAGAAAUACUAAUUGAAAGCAUGUAUGAUUAUUUAAUAAAUAAAUAUGACAUUUUCAAUAGAUUAUUUGAGAAAAUUUUUUUUUAUGAAUGCAUAUAUAUUUUUUCUAAUUUUUUUUUAAAUGAAGAAAUAAUUGAUAGCCAAAGAUUAAUAGACAAUAAUUUUUAUAAUAUUAUUUCUUCUUGUUUCAAUUAUUUUGAUGAAUUAUCAAAAUUAACAUAUAGUAUAAAAAGGAAUAUAUACUUAUCUGAAGCAUUAGUUAAUAGUCACCAUGUAGAUUUAAACAAUAUAUUUAACUUCAAUUUUUUUGAAAAAACAAAAUUUCUUAAUAUAAGAAAUGAUAACAGUAAUUUUCUUUUAGAAUUCUUUUACGAAAGUUUAGCUUUCAUUGACGUAAAAGAAGAAAGUAACUUAAGUGAAGAAUUAAAUCAUUUUUCUAUUUUCACAAAUGAAAUGGAUUUACCAAAUUUAAGAAAUAAUUUUCGUACAUCAGAUUUUUUAAAUGACAAUUUCAAUGGUAUUAAUGAAUUUAAUAAAUUAAAUAAGGAAAGAAAAAUAAAGAAAUGUAAUGUUUUAAAUAAAAUAAGUUAUUCUAAUAAUUGCAUUUUUUUUAGUAAGUAUAGUUCUUCUCAUGAUUAUUAUUGUAGCAAUUAUAAUUAUAUAUUCCAUGAAGAAAAUGAAUCUAUUCUUAUAUAUAAUAAAAUAGACAAAUUAUCUGAAAAUAAAAUUAAUAUAGAAAAAGAGAAUACAGAAUUACUGAAAAAACAAUGGAAUAAUCCUAAAUUAUUCAAUUCAAGUAAUAGAAAAAUUGUAGGCAUUUUUAAUGAAAAAUAUAAACAUAAAAAAAAUAAUUUAUUAUUUAAAAAGAAAAUUUAUUCAAAGAAAAAAAAGUUUCAUAAGUAUUAUAAGCAUAAAAAUAAAAUUAAUUUUUAUUCUUUCAAUGAAAAAAUUAAUAACAGUUAUAACAAAAAUGGAAAUAAUGAUUAUUUGUUAAAUGAAAAUUUAAGUAGAGAUAAUCUAAAUAUAAAAUUUACCAACUUUUUUAUAAAUUUAAAUAAUCAGAUACUAUAUGCUAGCCUUUCUCACUAUUAUAAUAUUUUUUAUUUGUUUAAAAAUAAUAAUUCUAAUGUUGAGAACUAUAAUGAAAAUUAUAAAAAAAGAAAAAGGUGUAAAUUUAAAAGUAAUAUAUAUAAAAAAAAAAAAAAUAUAAAAAUUAUAUUACCAAAUAAAAGAGAAAAUGAAGAAACCAAAGUUAUUAAAUUAGUUAAUAAUUAUUUAUACAAAAAAAGAAAAGCUUCUCUAAAAAAAAAAAAUAUACUUUUUAGAAGAAUCAACUGCAAAAACAAAGCUAAUGGUAGUAUACAUAAGAAUGAUGGAAAAAAUGAAAACAAUAACGAUGCAUAUAAACAACACAACAGAAGAAAUAUAAUGAAAGAGCUCAAAAAAAAAUAUUUCAUUAUAAGCAAAAAAAAUUUAAAUAUCCCAGAAAGUAAAGCAAGUAAAGAAUUAGAAGGUAUGUGCAAAGGUUACAUUUAUAAAAGUUAUAACAAAGAAAAAAAAAUUGAAGAAUUAUUUUUAAGAAAAUAUAAUAUAAAGAAACAUAAGAAAAAAAGAAGAUUUAAAAGAAAAAUGAUAGAACACUUUAAUCAUAAUUACAAGUUUCAUACUAUUCAAAAUGCUAGAAAAAAAUUAACAUUUAAUAUAUGCAUUAAUUUAUUAAAAAAUACAAGUCAUCUAUUUAAGGAAGUAUUUCUGUCCAAUAUAAAAAAUUAUAGUUAUUUAUCAAGUGAUGAUAAUAUUAUAACUAUCAAAAAUUACGAUCUUAAAAAAAAAAGUGUUUGUUCUAAAAUAAAUGAAUUUUUAAAUAAGAAAUAUAAUACAUAUAAUUUAAAAGAUUAUGAUUCCUUAUUAUAUUGUUCUCAAUUUUCACGCAUUUAUAACACACUAAUUUCAUUAAAAAAAAGAAAUUAUGAAUACUUAAAAUUUAACAAGUAUAUUGAUACUAUGAGUGCAUAUAAAUCGAAUGUGUUAAGUGAACACAAAUUAAAAAAAAAAAAAGAAGUAAUUUUAGGAAAAUACGAUAAAUGUGUUAUAAAUAAUAAAUACUCCGAAAAAAGAAAAGAAAAAAAUGAGAAAACAAAAAGAAUAAGUAAUAAAUUUAUAAUACGAAAAAAAUGCUUUGAUAAAAAUACUAAUACCAAUUAUUCCUAUUAUUUACUUCUAACUAAUUCUAUAUAUAUUUUAGCUUUAUCUUUUUUCUUAGUUUUCCUAUUCUUGAUAGAUGUUUAUUUUUUUAAUAAUUUUAUAUUUUCUUGUUUUGUUUAUAUCUUAUGUUUUUUUUUACUUUUUAUUGUGUCAUUAUUUAGAGGUAUUAUAUAUACAAUUAAUAUUUUUUUAAAAAAAAAAGUCAUAUCACAAGAUUUAUUAGAUUUUUUUUCGAUUCAUUUUGUUGAAAUGAUAAAUAAUAUACGCUUUUAUAUAUAUGAAAAUAGUAAUAACAUAGAUUAUACAUAA